AUAUAUACAUGGUAAGAAACAUAAACAAUUAGGGUGGGAUCUCUAGGUUUCAGUAUAUAAAUAAGUAGUCACACAGAGCCAUAAGUGAUUAUGAUAUCAUAUAAUCAUACAAAAAUGAGCACUACUACGCCUCCUUUCUUUGAGAUCCCAGAUUGGGACAUGUCCCAUCAUGAUGAUAACAAUGUUUCACACACUUUCUGCUUCACAACCAACAAUAAUGGAUUAUUCACAACCCAUGUUGUUAAUCACCCUUCUUUCAUUAAUAACACUUCAUCACUUUCCUUUGAUGAUGAUAUCAUUGACUUCUCCAUUGAUUAUUCACAAUCACAAUCACCAACAACCACAGAGAACAUCAAGAAGAAGAAGAAGCUUGAAGAUGAUGAAGAAGAACAAGUUGAUGGUGACAAGGGAAUUAGAAGAAAUUACAUAGGAGUUCGGAAAAGGCCAUGGGGGAAAUUUGCAGCAGAAAUAAGAGACAGAACAAGGAAUGGAAGAAGGGUUUGGCUUGGAACAUUCGAGAGUGCAGAAGAUGCUGCUUUGGCUUAUGAUCAAGCUGCAUUCUCCAUGAGAGGCUACAACGCUGUUCUCAACUUUCCAUUCAAAAGGGUCAAAGAUUCUUUGCAAGGAAUGAUCAUGGAUUCUGAUUCUUGUUCUUGUUCUUCACCUGCACUUGCACUCAAAGAGAGGAAUUGGAUCCAAAGGAAGUUGUCAAAGACUAACAAGAAAAAGGAAUCAUCAGAGAAAUCUUCAUCAUCAUCAACAACUAAUAAUAGUAAUGUGAUGGUGUUUGAGGAUUUGGGGGUUGAAUAUCUAGAACAACUCCUUAGCAUUUCAGAUCAAAAUACCACCACAACUUAAGUUAUUUACUACUUACUCCUUAGCAUUUUCUUUCUUUAAUUAUCCCCUUUCACAAAUGUAAUUUAGUUUCACUUUAUUUGUUUCCUCUUUCUUAAUUUUGUUGCUCUUUCUUCGGAUUUUCAUAAGUCCAAUGUUCUAGUAAUAAGCACAUUUAACAAUAAUCUCUAUAAUUCUUUAUAAGUCCUUCUCCAUUUUCUUUUAGUAGCUUAGGUAGCAUUUGGUAGAGAGAGACUGAAAGACUGAGAUGAGAUUGAGAGACAGGGACUAAGAGACAGAAACUAAAAUAAAUUUAAGUAAUUUAUUUGGUGCAAAGUGAGAGACAUGAAUUGAAACAAAAAAAAAAUUUUAAUUUAAUUU